GCACCUGAAACUGGAAAACACUUCCGCGUUCGCAACUUCAGGUAACGUUGCACUUAUUGUCGUCUCUAAGUCCAAGAGUGCUUUCCUCGAAGGGAUUUGGUCAACCAGGACUUGGCCCUAAACCUUGCAGGAAGCUGAAGCACCAUUUGACAUGGGUGUGACAUCUGAUGAAGGGGCUGUCCAUGGUGCUGAUAUGGACUCUCUGAAGAGGAGCCAUACGGCAGAACUGGUACAAGCCAUAGCAAGGCAAGACAAGUCACGGGAAGUUGCAGCUUUGAGGCGUCUUGGGGAUAUAAGUCUUCAAGAAGGCUGUGCAAAUAAGGCUGUGGCAAACUUAAAGAACUCCUCUGCUCUGUACAGGGCUGCUCUAAGACGAUGUAAAGAUGUUGUUACUAGAGAGGCACUUGAACGACAGAUCAAGUAUGCAGACAAACAAGUCGCCACACUACCCCCUGACAAAGGCGAAGAACACAGCAAAACCCAAUCCCAUACACAAGAGAUGACCAUAUCACAGGUUUCUGAAAUACUAGGUUCCUUAGACAAUGCACUAGAGAAUGCAGCUGACUUGGAUCCUGUCAAAAUUGGCUAUGAAGAUGCCUUAGUAUCUGCCAUAGUAAGCAACAAUACAUUGCUUGAAGUUGAGGCCUUGAAAGGUAUUGCUGAUGUAAAUCUUGAAGUAGGGCAAAAUUCUUGUGAUAGAAAUGUAAACAUGCUAGAAGAUGCUAUAAAGCUGUAUAAAGCUGCACUAGAGCAUUGUGAUGAUAGUGAUGGGCAAGUGUCUUUGGUACACAGGAUAAGGUUUGCCGAAAAGACAAAGGCUUCAGCUAUCAAGAGCAUGAAUUCACAACGUAUACAAGAAAGGGGCAGUCAGAAGUCAGAACCCAAACUAGCGACAGCUGCAGAGGAGCUGCUUGAGUUAGACCUGAGUCUUGAAAGUGGCUUCCGUCUUGAAGUUGCAGAGCGUGGUUAUGAAAGUAAGCUUAUCCAGGCAUUAAGCAGUGGGAAUGGAGUUUUGGAGUUUGAGGCAUUGAAAAGUCUUGGAGAUCUGUACCUACAGAAAGCUAAAGUUAGCAAGGACAAGGAAGAACACUUCAACAAAGCUUGUGCCCUGUACAGUGAAGUCUUACAACAGAGUGUUGACAAGAAUGAGCAACUGGUCAUGGAACACCGCAUCAAAUAUGCAGAAAAGUGCAUGAAGCUAGUGUACUGCCCUGAAGUGGAAAAGUUGGAGACUAAAACCUCAGUGUCAACUAUAUUGGAUGUCAUGAUGGCACUUCAAGAAGUGAGAGAAAAGUAUAAGCUUAGAGGGGAGGGUGUUCAACCAUUGAUAGAAGGUUAUACACACGCAUACCUUAGGGCAAUCUUGGAAAGAAACCAAUGGUUCAAAACAGAGGCGUUGAAAAGCCUUGGAGAUCUGUAUGCGGAGAGAGGAAGAAGCAAUGAGGACGACACUGACUUUGUCAAAGCCAAAGGGCUAUACAAGGCUGCACUGAAAAUGUCCACCCACUCAGCUCAAAGCAUCCUGAAGGACCGCAUCCAGAAUAUAGAGAGAGUCAUGCAAGAGGGACGGAAGAAGCAGGAGCAGAGUCCUGCUGAAGAGAAUGUGAGCCUGGCCACUGGUGAAGAAGUCCAUCAGCAAUCCAGCAGUCACAAGAAGGGAGAAACGUACAUUGUGGCUCUGUCUGCAAGCAGCAGCAUGGAAGCACACAACAUAAAGGAUGCAGACAGGCUAUGCAAAGAACAUCUACAGGAGGGUGAUGAGGCAUUAAAGAGAGGAGACUUAGAUGUGGCUGAACAGCACUUUGCUGCUGCACUUAAGGCUGUACAUGUGAGAGAUUCCAGUGCGGUCCAGUACCAAAAAGAGGCAGAACCUCUGUGCAGAUUGGCCAAUGUCUAUCUACAAAGAGGGAAGGCAACAAAAGAGGCAGGUAACUUCACCAAAGCUGCAGCACUUUGUAAUGCAGCAUCUGUUAGAGCAGCAACAGAUCUAGAGCAUGACCAGUUUACAGUAGAGACCAUAACAACAUCAUUUUGCAAGCAUGUUUUAGAGAUCAACAUCGCAGCAGAUCCUUGUGAAGAGAAGGAGCACAAGAAGCAGCUAAAAGAGAUGAGGGCAGAUGCUGAGAAAGGAAUCAAGGCAGUAGAUCAACAGGAAGAUCCAUAUUUACUUGAAGAGGGUGACCCCAAGAGAACAGAGAAGGAAGAAAACAGGGUGGGCUUGAUAAGGACAUUGUUUGACAGAAUCACAGAAAGUCGUAGGUUUUUCAUAGCAGAGUUACUUGAUGAAUGUAUGAAAGAGAUGGGUCCCCCUCCCUGCAAGUAUAGCCUGAUAGGUUUGGGUUCUCAGGCAAUAGGUUUGGUAACUCCUUACUCUGAUCUGGAGUUUUCGAUCCUGAUAGAGGAUGAUAGUGAGAGCAAUGUCAUCUAUUUCCGCAACCUCACUCAUUAUCUACAUCUCAAAGUGAUCAGCUUGGGAGAAACCAUACUCCCGGCCAUGGGUAUCAAGUCACUCAACGACUUUUACUCAGGUGACCCUGCUGAUAACUGGUUCUAUGAUUCUGUUACACCCCGUGGAUUUGCGUUUGAUGGAGCCAUGCCAAAGGCCAGUAAAACUCCACUUGGGAGAGGCAAGACUCUGACAACACCAGCCAGUGAACUUAUUCACACACCACAAAAUAUGAUCAAGUUGUUGGAGAGAGAUGCCAACCAGUAUCUGAAAGAAGGCUACCAUCUUGCUCUUAUCCUUGGAAAUGUCUCUUUGAUUCAUGGAGAUAAGGAGUUGGUUGAUGAAUACAAUACCCUACUGAAGACAUCACUUGAUGGCAGAGUUAGCUCUUCCCAGCUGGCACAGGUUAUAGUGAGUGACAACCUGGCACACUUUGAGAAGCAAGAGGUGACUGCCCGCCUAUUAGACGUUAAAAAGGAAAUCUACAGGCUGCCUACAUUAUCAGCGACCUACUUGGCACUUUUCCACGGUAUCACACCCCCAACAAUAUGGUCAACCAUCACAAGUCUGGAAAGAGUGAUAGGGCAUGAAAAUGCACACCAUUUGAGUGUGCUAGUGAGCAUCUCAGCAGAAGUCAGGCUACGGACGUACCUCAGCAACGGUGGACAGAAGGAAAACAUGUCAGUGUUGUCAUCAAUGCAGGUGGGUGGAGCAAGCAGUGAGGAGUUGAGGAAGGUGCUUUACUACUCCAACAAGAAACAGCUUUUGAGGUACUAUCACUCAGCCAUGCCCCUAAAGAGGUUAAUUUUGAACCUUUCUAAAGACCACACGGAGAAUGUCCCAUCCUGUUUAUAUGACACUUCUCCUCAAGUGCAAGCAGCCAUAUACCAAACCCUGUGCAGUUAUCAAGAGGCCAUUGGCUACUAUGAAGAGGCAUUACAAAUGAGGCAAAGUAUCUAUGGCAAGAGUGCUGCACAUCCUGCUAUAGCAACUACACUGAGCAACUUGGCAUCAGCCUGGCAUGAUCUCGGUGAUGACAGGAAGGUUGUUAGGUACCAUGAACACACACUGGCCAUGCUGCACAUCAUCUAUGGGCAAAAUGCCACACACCCUGAUAUUGCCACCACGCUUAACAACUUGGGGUCAACCUGGAGCAGUCUUGGAGAUAAAGAAAAGCUAUCAGUUACCACAAACAGGCACUUAACAUGCUUAGAGAGAUCCAUGGUGAGAGUGCCUCUCAUCCUCACAUUGCUGUCUCCCUCAACAACCUUGGAUCUGCCUGGCAUGGUCUUGGAGAUAAAAGAAAGGCCAUCAACUUCCAUGAGCAAGCACUACAGAUGAGACAGGAGAUCUUUAAUGACACACAUCCUGACAUAGCCACCUCACUUCACAACCUGGGAUCUGCCUGGGAUGGUCUUGGUGACUACAAGAAGGCCAUUGUGUACUAUGAGC